CCAUCCACAUCACGACCGGUAGGUAUAAUUUACCAAUUCAGAAAACGCGCAAUUUUCCACGUUCAAACGAGCUUUUCUGCCGGGCCGCCUUCCCGCGAAAUCGAAAGUAGUUUUACGACCGCGUAACUUUUGAUAAAAGAAUCCUUAUCAAGGAAACUAUUAUACUCGCACGGCUACGUCAACGCGUUUCGAGUAUAAAUCGAAACAACUACGAAGAACGGGACAAUUGUACAGUUGGUUUUGUUGUGAACGUUCAGAACCGCAAAGACAUGGCACCCAUUAAAGACAACCUCAGCGCCGUUUUGUACGGAAUCAACGACAUGAGAUUAGAACAAAGGCCAAUUCCAGUGCCUAAAGACAACCAGGUUCUUCUUCAGAUGGAAGUUGUCGGAAUUUGCGGAUCUGAUGUUCAUUAUCUGACCACUGGAUGUUGCGGUCCAUUCGUCGUAAAAGAACCAAUGGUAAUAGGUCACGAAGCAUCCGGAACGGUAGUAGAAGUCGGCAAAAACGUCAAAAACCUCAAACCAGGCGACAGAGUCGCCAUCGAACCCGGCGUACCCUGCAGGUACUGCACCUACUGCAAAACCGGCAAAUACCACCUCUGCAAGGACCUCUUCUUCUGCGCCACUCCCCCGGACGACGGCAACCUCUCCAGAUACUACGUACACGAUGCCGAUUUCUGCUGGAAGCUACCGAGCAACAUGUCGCUGGAAGAAGGAGCCAUCAUGGAGCCCCUAUCAGUCGGCGUCCACGCUUGCAAAAGAGCAGGAAUCAAAGUGGGCGACGUGUGCUUGAUCGCAGGAGCGGGUCCCAUCGGUUUGGUGACUUUGUUAUCGGCCAAAGCCAUGGGCGCUUCGAAAAUCGUAAUUACAGAUAUAAUGGACGUAAAAUUGAACAUGGCAAAGCAGUUGGGAGCCGAUCACGCGUUGAAAAUCGACAGGAAUAUGACCGAAGAGCAGAUCGUUAAGAAAGUGCACGAGCUCCUCGGGGAAGAACCGAACGUUACCUUCGAUUGUACCGGUAUCGAAUCGAGCGUGAGGAUUUGCGUGGCUGCGGCAGGUUUGGCUGGAGUUGUCGUCCUGGUCGGUAUGGGAAAAGUAGAAAUGACCCUUCCAUUGGGCAGCGCUUUGAUCAGGGAAGUGGACGUCAGGGGCACGUUUAGAUACGUCAACGACUAUCCCACUUCCAUCGAGCUGGUCUCGACUGGCAGGAUCAACGUCAAGCCGCUGAUCACGCACCAUUUCACGCUCGAAGAGUCCGUGAAGGCCUUCGAAGUGGCCAAAACGCAGGAGGGCAACCCCAUCAAGAUCCUCAUCCACGCCAAUCCCAAUUGGAAACGAUCUUAAUUUCCCACAAUUCGUUAUACCUUGUAUGUUAUUUUGAUUUCGUUAUGGAAAUACUUGUAAUUGUUUGUUAAAAAUACCUACAUUUUAUGUAUUAAAUGUUUUGGAGUU